AGUGGGAGUCGCUCCAUCAGGAAGAGAAAAGCAAAAGGAAAGCAAAGCCCGUCAGCGCAGGCGUCCGGGGUAAAGUACGGGGUGUGACGACAUCAAAGGCGCUCUGCAACGUUGGAAUGUUGUAAGCUGAGGAUACAUCAAAUUGUGCAAACUGAAAAUAAACACAUUAGCAAAAAGAGCAGCGGUGGCAGCUGCAACACAAACUGCAGCUUCUGUAUGAAGUGUAGGAUGCCAAAUGUGGCUCUGCCGUUUAUUAUACAACUCGUUAUUUUACUGUUUAGUCCUUUAACUUUGGAUCAUUCAAAUCUGAAAGCUUGAAGUGUGCGACACAGUUUUCAGGAGUUCUGAUUAACUUCCCUGGUUGUGCAUAAAUGUUGUGAAAGAGGGAAUUUAGUUGACGUGUGAACUUGUGUAUUUACUCAUAUUUCCUUAUGUACUCAAGUUCCCGUCAUGCAAUCAACACCUGCAACUUGACCCGCACUCAUCCAUUCCUAGACGCAUAAAGACACACACACAUGCAUGCAGUCACAAAGCCACAGUCUUACGGCCAUGCGAUAAGUUGCUCUUUCCCUUUCCUUACUCAUGCGCUGAGACUGUCCUCCUGCACGUUAAUGAUUUAUUUCCAAGGCUGUCUCAUGAAAUAGAUUAUGACGCGACCUGUCUGUCUCCCUCAGUGACGCUCCUUUGUGCACAGUAGGUGGGAUAUGCUUUUCAGUAUUGACUCAGACAGUCGGAGCCCCUGGCGGCGGAGAGCCGCAAUUACAUUUGACUGAGAAGAAAAUGGGUGGACGGAAAGUCCCCGUGUGGAAAUCCCCUUGACUUUUUCCCUUUUUUUAAAAACUAUCGUUAGCGGACGUGUGUAGUCUUUUGACAGGCUUCGCGAGCGGCGUGCGUUUCCAAAAUACGUCUGAUACUGAGGGAAAGAGCAGGUUGAAUGGCGCCGAGAACCGCUGCGGUGAGGCUGAGUGAAGUGGCUGAGAGAGGACGAGCCUGAGCAUCCGGGAGGCUUUGUUUUUACCCCGACAUAUUACACAGUUUUCACAGUCGGUCAUCGGCGGCUGGUGCCUCCUCCUCCCUUCCUUCUCCUCGUUCCUCCUCCUCCCCUCCUUCCAUCCACCUGGCCGCCCCUCCGCCAUGUCACAGGGUCAGAACUUUCUCCCGAAAUUCCUGUUUGUCUCCAACCUGCUAAAGGCGGUGAAGAUCCGUCAGCGAGUGCCCAACGACGUGGUGAAGCCGGCUGCCGGCGGGGGCCUGAUGCACCACCUGCGGGGGAUGCACCGGUACACGCUGGAGAUGAUCGCCAUGAACCACUUUCCGCAGGCCUUUAGGGAGGUGGUGCAGGCCGCCAUCUUGGACCGAGCCAUGCAGGCCUCACUGGAGCAGGAGAAGAAGCUCAACUGGUGUCGAGAGGUGAAGAAGAUGGUGCCCUUACGUACCAAUGGAGACGGAAACUGUCUGCUCCACGCAGCCUCUCAGUACAUGCUGGGCGUCCAGGACACGGACCUGGUGCUUCGCAAAGCCCUCCACGGUGUUCUGAAGGAGCCCGACACCAACGUCUUCAAAGCUCGCUUCCAGGCGGAGCUGCUCCAGUCGCAGGAGUUCACGCAGACCGGACUCCGAUACACCACCAUGAACUGGGAGGAGGAGUGGGACAAGAUUGUGAAGAUGGCGUCACCGGUCUCCAGUAGCAAUGGCCUCCAGUUUGAUUCUUUGGAGGACAUUCACAUUUUCAUCCUCUCCAACAUUCUCCGCAGACCCAUCAUCGUCAUCGCAGACCAGGUGGUCAGGAGUAUGAAGUCUGGUUCCUCCAUCUCUCCUCUGAAUGUGGGUGGGAUUUACCUGCCUCUCCACUGGCCUCCCGCUGAGUGCUACAAAUACCCAAUAGUGCUUGGCUACGACUCGCAGCACUUUGCGCCGCUCAUCACCAUCAAAGACAGUGGCCCAGAGAUCCGAGCCGUGCCGCUGAUCAACCCAGGCCGCGGGGGCUUCGAGGAGCUGAAGGUUCACUUCCUGAUGGAGAAAGAACAGCAGCAGAAGGAGAGACUCCUCAAAGACUACCUGCUCCUGAUAGAGAUCCCCAUCAUCGGCCUGGGCUACGAUGCCACGCGAAUCAUGAACGCUGCACGCCUGGAUGAGGGAAACCUCCCUGAAGACAUGAACCUGAUGGAGGACUACCUGCAGCUAGUCAACCACGAGUACCAGCGCUGGCAGGAGGACAAGGAGCAGGCGUGGGCAGCGCAGCCGCAGCGCCCGCCGCCCUUCUCCGUCUCCCAGCUCUCCCUCAUCGAGAUCCGAUGCGCCACGCCGAGAUGCACCUUCUACGUCUCUGUGGACACGCAGCCUCAUUGCCACGAGUGCUUUGAGAAGCGGCAGGCCACCGUCGGCGGGGGAGCGCGGAUAGAAGGGGUGGUACAAUCCAAGGGAGGAGGGGGACAAGGAGGGGUGGGUGUGACGGGGGGGUCGGAGACCGAGGGGAGCUCCAGAGGAGUCCGAGGCAGCAGCCCCCAGUCGUCCUCAUCCGGCAGAGGCGUGGUGCUGUCCAGCCCGCGCUCGGCCCCGCCCACCGCUCCCAGCCUCAGCCUGUACAGUGAAACUCACGCCAUGAAGUGCAAGACACCCGGAUGCCUCUUCACCCUGAGCGUGGAGCACGAUGGACUUUGCGAGCGCUGCUUCAACUCCAGGCAGAACCACGGACCCCCCGGGGCUGGAACGGCUGCUACCGGACUCCCAGGCACCAACGGGGGGCCGACGGUCCCCCACCCGGCCCAGGGCUCCGGCUGGACCCAGUGGGGGGGGCGCGAGGCAGAGACAGAGCGCUGCAGCAUUUGCAGGAAGGAGGCGUUCAGGAUAUUUAAUGGCAUGUGUCCACCCUGCAUGCAGCAGCCUCCAGAACGGGGAGAGACAAAGCCGAGCAACCCAAGGACUGAGGCCUCGUCUUCAGCUUGGAACCAGACCAGGGACACUGAGCCGCCUUGUCUUACUCUAACCCCAGGCCCCUUUUCAGCCUGGCAGCCCCCCCCAGGUCGACCCUGUAAAAGAUCUGGCUGCCAGUUUUUUGGGACUCCAGAGAAGUUGGGCUUCUGCACUAUUUGCUAUGUAGACUAUCAGACCAACCACCACCUGACCCCUGACCAGACCCCUGCGCCAGUCCCCAACCGGCACGGCUUGGAGGCGGGCUUCCAGAAUGCGUCGCGGUGUCGUGGGCCCGGGUGCGGUGCUGUUGGCAAAGCGAUGCUGGAGGGCUACUGCGACAAGUGCUACGUCAAAGAACAGAGCACGCGGCUCAACCAAGUGGCCAAUCGCACGCCCCACUCCCCCCCUCUAGUCAUGCGCGACCGGGCAGCCAAACCCAGGUCCUCGCAGCAAUCCCAGACCCAGACCCAGACCCAGUGCCGGCGGAGUGGCUGCAGCAACGUGUCCCCGGGCUGCACGGACCUCUGCCCGGAGUGCCACACCCGCGGGCAGGGCCGCGAGGCGGGCAGGCGGGCGCAGGCGCCCAAGGAGAAGUCCAAGCAGCGGUGCCGGACGCAAGGCUGCGACCACUACGCCAACCAGGAGAAACAGGGCUACUGCAAUGAGUGUGACCACUUCAAACAGAUCUACCGCGGCUGACCACAUACGCACCCACGCACUCUACAGCGGCGACGACACAUUGCUAGCACGCUAGAGCCGCUGCCCCGCUACGGGCGCCCCAUGCCAGUCAAUGCACCUCUGAUACUAACUAACCAACUAACUAGCUAGUGACUAACUAGUAACCUUAUGGCCUGAAAAUCAACCCCCCCAUGUAGAAUGUGAAGCGAGCGUGUGUGUACAUGGGGGUGUGUGUGCGUGUGCAUGUGAGUGUGUGCGUGUGUGUUUGCAGUAGACAUGGCCUACAGAAUACCUCUUUGUGCAUUUAUUAUCAUCUGAUGUGCCCUGUGCACCUACACAGCGAGAGGUUUGGCAUCAUGUCAGAGCAACUGACUUAACUCUUGUGUACAAUAUGUAUUUAGAGGUACGCAGCGAAUCGUGCCGGACAAAAUGAUUGUAUGUUGACAUAAGGAGAAGCAUCUGACAUUGCUUUCUAGACCACAGCCAAGGAUUUAUACCCCUCCUGUCCGUCCGUCUGUCUGUCUUAACCUAUCGGUGUAUCUGUCUGCCUGCCUGUCUAGCAUUUGUCCUGUGGAGCGAGCGAUGCAGUAGUUGGGGAAAGCCCAGCAACAAAUCGGUGAGAGCAGUGAGCGGAAGUGAGCUGAGCCGGGCAAAGCAAACGAAGUACUUGAAAUAAAAAUAAAUUUUAUUAUUAUUAUUAUUAUUAUUUUAACCACUUUUCAGUGUAGUUCUCCAAAACCACUCAUUCGCGUCCUUCCAAAAACAAAGACAUCGCUAAACGAGGCUGUUGCAAUCAACGUCAUUGUGGAGCGAUCAAGAGCAAAUUUCCUUUCGUCGUUCAGUCAGUCACAGUGUCUUAAGUUAAACGCCGGGGCUCGUUAACCUCCGGAUCAAUACGCAUGCGUCGUGUGAAGCAAACGCGGUCGAACGGGAGAGCGCGGUGAGGGCAGAGCACGUGCCUACAGCGCAGGGCAGACAGGGCAGGCCCCUGCUCGUUUGGUGCUACACGCACAGGAGCACGAGCCCGUGUAGCCCACACGCGGGCAGCGUCUGCGGCCGGAAGGCAGAAGCGGCAGUGGACGCAGAACCCAAGUUCCCUCCCGCCUUCGUUUCCCUCUUCUCCCGAACACAUCUGUUGCCUUGGACGUUGUUUUCCCGUUUCCCGCCGAUCACCUAAGCACCUAGAAACGCGCCGGCACGCGCGCCCGCCCGUGGCGCCAGUCCCGUCGGAGAGGGACGAGAGCGCGGCACGUGACGCCCGGGGACGGUUACCCGCCUCACCAUUGCCUGCACACACGCGAACGCGCACGCGAACGCGAACCGCAUUCUGAAGUGACGCGCGAUCGAACGAAAAGCCCGCCCAAAAACGCAUUCCCCGCUGCGCCCCGCUGAAUGUGCACGGCGACCACUUCAAAAGUUCAAGAGCAAUCCCCCUUUGCCUGCUUCGGCUAAUCUUGUUUAUCUGAAUGUGUUCUGUGCUGCUGCUUCAACAGCACAUUAUUGAGGCUGAUCCUCGAUAAGUUUUGCCUUUAACUAGUGAUUGAAAUUUUAUGGACCAGAGGGGCCUGAUCGGCGACGCUCGAUCGCUCCCACCUAUAAAAUGCUUUUGUGAAUAUGGAUCUUGGUCCGUAUUAUAGGACCUUCCAACCCGAUGCCUCAUCUCCAACACACACAUACACACACACACACACACACAUACAACACACGCAUGUGUGCAUCUAGAAUACACAAAACUGACAUUCCUGAUCUAUUUUUUUUUGGUUUUCAAAUUUGGUUUGGAAUUUUUAAAUGUAUUUUGAUAUAUUUGUUUUCUUUCUGCCAAAAAAAAGAAAAUGUGCCAUCAGUCGCCAAACGGUUGUUGUUACCUCCUCACAAAUGGCCAAGCCUGGACCAUUCUGAUCUAACUAGAGUGUGACAGAUACACAUCUCCAAUUCUUUGUGAACUCAAACUAGAAAAUCCCCGAAUGCCUUUCUCUCCUGUUGUUUUUAAUUUAAAUAUAGUACGCUUGUUUAUCUGCAGAGAUAAGCUCAGCUAUAAAACACUUAUCAAGUCAAAAGUCACACCAUCUGAAACAGUUGUUCUCCAAACACUUUCCACCACGGUGAAGAAUUCCCCUGCAAUAGACAGAUGUUCAUCUGUGGCUCUAGUUAGACAUUGACAAACAUUGACAAACAGGCUCUCCGUCUGCCUUUACUUUCAACUGUAUCUAAAGCUGUCAGCGCCGCCCACGCGUUGACGGCCUGUACGUAGAUCUCUGUGUGCUUUAAUCACCUCUAGGCGAACCUUAAUCAACUAAAGGCCAAUUAGUGGUCGGCUGGUCGGGACUCCCCAGCGCUUUGGGGGCUCUGGCAAAGCGUGACCCGGGAGAAGAUCACAUAAGUUGCACAUGACUUGUCAAAGCUGCUGAGGCAUUUGCGAAUGGUCCGACUCGCUUAGGGACAUUCCAACAAUAGGAAGAGCAUCCACUUAAGAGCAGAAGGUGCAACGAUACAUGCAAAUGUGUGGAAGUUUCUUUGUGUGACCUUUCGACAAUAGGGUAUUGUAUGAAAAAAGCCUGGUUUUAUUUGUUAAGUAUUUAUUCAUAUCAAGAUAUCUGUAUUGUGUGACUCAAUAAUUAUUUAUAUGUUGUCCUGAAAUGAAUUAUUUUUAUUACGAAAUCUGAA